AUGGAGGACUGGGAGAAGCUCGUUCCGUCAUAUAACCCAGGAACGGAUAUCAAGCGGAGGCGAUUGAGCUUCGACGGGAAGAUCCAAACUCAGUCUGUAUUGUGGAAAUUGCCUUUGGAGAUACGGCAGCAAAUAUAUGCUGAGUGUGUUUCGGGCUACAAUAUUCGCGUCACUUUGAACACCAUCGAUGAUGUGAGCGGUUUUAACAGAAAGGAGAGUAGAAGGUUUAUGCAACACACUCGAUGCAAGCUUUUUCCAGUCAGCACAUGUUUGUCUUGCUUUUCCAUACAGAAGAGGAAUCGUGGCUUAGAUGAGUGGGGAGUUGGAAGCCUACUCAGUCUCUUGAAGGUGUGCAGGAGAAUAUAUGUUGAAGCAAUUCCCAUACUAUACUCUCAAAACACCUUCACAUUCGAAAGAACAGAGACUAUUCUGCAGCUUUCAAUGAGUAUUCUUCCUCAGAGAAUGGAAUUAAUCAAGAGAGUCAGUUGGACAUGUGAUCACAAGACUUAUAACGUCCACAUGCCAUGGCUGUAUUGCAAGGAAGAAGAAAAGGGGGAUUGUGCUUGCAUUAGAUGCUUACCCAACAAGUUUAAGAAGGAUCGAAGUUUGAUUCCCUCUCUCGUAAUGCUAAAUAUGAUUGACCAGGAAGAUGAGGAACUUGUCGCCAAAACGUGA